GAUACAAUGACGUAGGCUGUCGGCUGUUAAACUCUCGGAAGCUGCCGCAAGGGGAGAAUGAAGAAGCAAGAUGACCGACAGUGACCUCAGUUGAACGGUUAGCAGUAAGCAGUAAGAUUCCUUUCGAGAGGUAUUAGAGAAAGAUAGGCUACGUUUCAAACCAUUUUGAAACGUUCUAAACGCGGACUAAUUUCCCUUUUCCAAGGCUUCCUGCUGCGCUGCCGCUCUCCUUCCUCAUUGAACAUGGAUCAUAGCAACACACCGGACCUGACAAGGACGGGUGCCUGCCACGGGAACGGUCUAACAAACGGAUUUCAUUCUACGUCAACCAGCAACGGGAGUUUAAAUGCCUUAAGUGUAAACGGAACGAGUUGCAGCGGUAGUGGGGGCGGUAGCAGUAGCAGUGGAAGCCAUAAUGGAAUUGAAAAUUUUCGCCAUCUUCAGGAGGAUGUUCAGAAUAAUGGGUCGCCAGCCAAACGAUGCAGACUUCGGAGAAGAAUGGAUUCGGGUAGAAAGAACAGACCACCCUUCCCCUGGUUCGGCAUGGACAUCGGGGGCACCCUGGUGAAGCUGGUCUACUUCGAGCCCAAGGACAUCACGGCGGAGGAGGAGCAGGAGGAGGUGGAGAACCUGAAGAGCAUCCGCCGCUACCUCACGUCCAACGUGGCCUACGGCAACACAGGCAUCCGCGACGUGCACCUGGAGCUCCGCAACCUGACCAUGUGCGGCCGCACGGGGAACCUGCACUUCAUCCGCUUCCCCACGCACGACAUGCUGGGCUUCAUCCAGAUGGGCCGCGACAAGAACUUCUCCAGCCUGCACACCACGCUCUGCGCCACCGGGGGAGGGGCCUACAAGUUCGAGGACGACUUCAGGACGAUAGCCGACCUGGAGCUUCAGAAGCUGGACGAGCUGGACUGUCUGAUCCACGGCCUGCUGUACGUGGACUCAGUGGGCUUCAACGGUCACCCCGAGGGAUACUUCUUCCAGAACCCGUCUGAUCCAGAGCACUGUGUCAAACAACCUUGUUGCCUUGACAACCCCUUCCCCAUGCUCCUAGUCAACAUUGGCUCAGGAGUCAGCAUCCUGGCUGUCUACUCCAAGGACAACUACAAACGGGUCACAGGCACCAGCCUGGGAGGUGGUACGUUCCUGGGGCUGUGCUGCCUGCUGACUGGCUGUGAGACGUUUGAGGAGGCGAUGGAGAUGGCUGCCAAGGGGGACUCCACCAACGUGGACAAGCUGGUGAAGGACAUCUACGGAGGGGACUAUGACCGUUUCAGCCUGCAGGGCUCUGCUGUGGCCUCCAGCUUUGGUCACAUGAUGAGUAAGGAGAAGAGGGACAGCAUCAGUAAGGAGGACCUGGCCAGGGCCACGCUGGUCACCAUCACCAACAACAUCGGCUCCAUCGCACGCAUGUGUGCUGUGAAUGAGAAAAUUGAGAGGGUGGUGUUUGUGGGGAACUUUCUGAGGAUCAAUACUGUGUCCACCAAGCUGCUUGCAUAUGCCAUGGACUUCUGGUCUAAAGGCCAGCUCAAAGCCCUCUUCCUGGAGCACGAGGGUUACUUUGGAGCUGUGGGUGCCUUCCUGGAGCUACUCAAGUUGUCAGAUGACCUCUGAGGCCACCUUGAAGACCUAUGAGGAACCCACAGAAUGAAAUUUGAAUCCCUCUUAAACCUGAGAUGCUGCUGGAGUACUGUUCCACUACAGCACCUGACCUAGCCUGGGUCUAACCUGGGACUCACCUGGUGAUGGGGCCAUGGGGCAAUUAUGUACAUAAUUUAAAACAGAACUUUUAAAAGGUUACUAAUUAUUCUAAUCAACACGCCCUCGUCGUCAUCCUUUUCCCACAGAGGUGGGAUCAUCAUAUUUCCACACAAUGCAGGUCGGUGGAGAGCUGUGUGGGUAGGGGUUGUGGGUAGGUAGGUGUUGUGGGGUUAUAUCAACCGCUGAGAAUCAUCAGCUUCCUCCUGGUACUGUUUCUAUAUCCCUGCCUGUACAUAGACUCAAGCCAAACACUACUGAUCCUCUCAUAAGUGUGUGUGUGUGUGUAUAUAUUUAAAUAUUUUUGUUUGAGAAUUAAUCAAAUAUUUUUAAUGACGUCUGUAUAAUUCCCCCCCCCCCUGUCAUUUAAAAAAGGAUUGACCUACAGUAUAUGCUGUAAGGGGCAAAUCGCUUAAAAAUGUUGCAGCAUUAACUUUCUCACUCAGCCUUUGCACUUUCUACCAACCAGUCAACAUGACCGUCAGCAUUCUCCCGUGUGACUACCAGAUAUGGUCGUCAUGGUACCAAGCAUGGUUUAGAAGCCUUUGUCCCAUACAAACACCCUAGAAUAAUGGAUGGUUGUAUUAUGCCAGUUUACAAAACAAAGACCAUGAUGCAGUAUGUUAAAUAUGACUGGAAAUAAUGAGUGUACCUCCUAAUAUAUGAGUGGAGACCUCUGGAACCUGCUAGAUCUGUAUGACCAGGGAUCCAGCCUCUCCUGUGUUGGCUGUCACCCAAUCUCCUGUCUUUCCUCAUCUGUCCUUCUGCCUUAUAAAUGGCCCUGUUUGUGUGUGUGUGUGUGUGUGUGUGUAUGUGUCACUGAAAGCGUUAAGCAGGGACCAAGUCUUGAUGAGUUAGUAAUGACCCUGUCAGCCCACUGUAACUAGUCCACGCUAUCCUAGUUCUGGACGGAGGAGAGACUUGACCACUCGGACAGCUUGGCCUGGUCCAAAACAAAGCCCUGAUCUGGUGCUGAAGCAGAUCUCACAGGAAAUGGUAGGCUU